AUGAAACCUUCAAGCUUCGCCGUGAAGGUGGUCACCAUCUCCCAAUAUGCAUCCUUUGCCGCAUGUGCAAAGCUGCUCAGUGGCGGCACCAUCAUCUCAUUUGAUCAGGAUGCUGAGCAAUUGCAAGUGAUACGCGACGGCUCUGUCCUCAUUGAGGGGGACCUGAUCACCUCCGUCUUCGACACGGCGUCGCCCAGUGAUGUCCCUUCCGGCACCGAAGUGACGAUGGGCUCCAAUACGACCCUAGCCGAGUAUUUCUUUCGAUACAGCUCACUCUCGGCCGCGCCUCUCUUCACUCCCGACGACGUCUACAUCAGCCAGCUCGCCGGUAUCCACGAGGCUGUGGCCGCAGGGGUGACCACAAUACUCGAUCAUGCUCACCUCACGUGGACGCCAGAACAUUCCGCUGCCGGCUUGAAUGCUUCGGUCGACAGCGGGGCGCGUGUGUUCUUUGCCUAUACUUUCCAGAACUCUUCUGCCGAGUUCAGAAUCCCACAGCAGAUUUCCCAGUGGAAGCAGCUCGCCUCUGCCAUCUCCAGCAACCUCACUGAACUUGUGGUAUCUUAUGACGACUGGACAGCCAAUCCUACCGGAGCUGAUACUUUGUCUGUCAUAGACCUGAUUCGCCAAGACAACGUAUCGGUGGUCACAACUCACCAAGUCGAGGGACCUUGGAUGGCGGGAAACUCACCUGAGGAUCUUCAUCGGGUCGGAAUUCUGAACUCCAGCACACCAAUAGUAAUAUCACACGCCUCAUUCCUGGACCCAAGAGGUGCAGCGUUGCUGCGGAGUACCAACAAGCACAUCUCCAUAACUCCCGAGAGCGAGAUGCACUACGGCCACUUGCACCCAACGAGCCAUCACAUCAUGGACCAGGCCUCCCUCGGAGUGGACACGCAUUUUACAUACUCGUCGGACAUCCUCACCCAGGCGCGGCUCUGGCUCCAGUCCACACGCUACCGCGUGUACCAGAACACGGUCGAUCGCUGGCAAAUCCCUAAAAGGAACCCCUUCUCGGUCAACCAAGCGUUCCUCCUCGCAACGAGGAACGGCGGCCUGGCCCUGGGCCGCAAGGACCUCGGCGUCAUCGCCCCAGGCGCCAAAGCGGACAUCGUGGUCUGGAACGGCAGGUCACCAGCUAUGCUGGGGUGGACUGACCCCGUCGCGGCCGUCAUCCUCCACGCCAGUGUUGGCGACAUCGACCAUGUCCUCGUGGGCGGCGAGUUCAGGAAGCGCGACGGGCAGCUUGUUGUCGACGGCUAUGAGGACUUGCAGGAGCGGUUCCUGGUGAGCGCGGAGCGCAUCCAGGGGGCUCUGAGGGAGAAACCGCUGCCCACACUUGAGGGCAAUCUUUUCACUGGUUCUCCUUAUGGUGAUGUGUUGGAGCUGGAUGUCCAGCGAGGUGAAGGGACCGGCUACGGCCCAAAUUUUGUGUGA